AUGGUCUCUCUGAAGACGGUGCAAGCAUCUAACGCCGGCCUUCGGGCGCUCCCCAACAUUACGGCCUUGUUUGUUGGCGGCACCAGUGGCAUCGGCCAGAGCACCCUGCGCCAGCUGGCCCGUUACGCCGACAGCCCGACGGCCUAUAUCAUCGGUCGCAACGAGGCUCGCACCCGGCCGUUCUUGUCGGAACUGCAGCAAUUGAACCCCAAGGGCCGCUUCCACUUCAUCGAGGCGGAUGUGUCGCUCGUACGGAAUGUGGACGCCGCGUGCCAGCAGAUUCUCCAGCAGCAGAAGAAGCUGAACUUUCUCUUCAUGACCCCGGGCGGGAUUUCUCUAGGGGGCCGAAACGAAACCGUCGAAGGCAUCGACUACCUCUUCGCUCUCCGCUACUACUCCCGGAUGCGCUUUAUUCAGAACCUCCUCCCGCUGCUGGAGGCGUCGAGCCCAAGCCGCGUGAUUAGCGUCUACGGCGGCGGCUUCGAGUACUCCAUAAACACGGCCGACCUCGACCUCAAGCACAACUUCUCCCUGCUCAACGCCUACAAGCACUCCAUCACCAUGACCUCCCUGAGCAUGGAGCACCUCGCCCGCACCCACCCGGCCGUCAGUUUCAUUCACGUCUACCCGGGUCUCGUUGGCACCAACAUCUACACCAACAGCUUCCCAGCUCCGGUUUCGACCUUCUACAAUUACCUCGUGUGGCCGUUCAUGAAGCCGUUUUCCGUGGAUCUCGGCGAGAGUGGCGAGCGACAUCUUUUCCAUCUGAGCUCGGCACACUACCCAGCAAAGCAGGGCAUUGUGCCCCAGGGUGUUCCGCUGGAGGCUGGCGAGGUCGCUAAAGGCAUUACUGGGGAACCGGGGAGUGGCGCCUACCUGUUGAAUUGGAAGGGGGAUGUUAGGCCGAGCACCAAGAUUCUGGCGCAGUAUCGGGAGCAGAAGAUACCUCAGUUGGUUUGGGAUCAUACUGAGAGCCUUAUGGACCAGGCAGUUCAUCGAUAG